AACCUGAAGAUCUUGGCACGGCCGUUGCAGGAAAUACAACAGCUGAUGCCGAAGCUUAGCUCGGAGCUGAACACCACGGAGAUCUUCAAGGACGUGAAGCUGAUCGUGAACAAGGUGAACGAGAUGAAGGCGCAACGCGCCCAAUUCCAUGCGGAUUUGCGCAUUGCCAUCAACGAGGAUGACAUCACCACAAAGGUGAUUGCCCAUGGCGGCCAGGAGGGUCUGCAGGCGCUCUUUGCCACGGAGCUGGCCAAGCACGAUCGCCUCACCCAGCUGCUCGAUCAGAAUAUGCUGGCCCAGCAGAACAUACUGCAAGCUCUCACCGAGGCCUAUGCGCGUGCCGCGCCCGUGCUGAAGACGCUGCAGGACGUGAAGCAGAAACGGGAACAUUUCUACAGCUCACUCGCYGCCUCCUAUGAUGUCUACGAGGAUCUGCUGGCSAAGUCGGCCAAGGGYCUGGAGUUCUAUAAGAAGUUGGCAGGCAAUGUCCAAAAACUUCUGACACGCUUCAAGUCCGCCCGGGAUGUGCAGUCCGAGGAACGGCAGCARCGCCUGCAGAGUGUCAAGGCGCCAGCUCCGAGCAAGCCWGAAAUUACGCCCACGCCAUCCAGCGGGGCACCCAAACUGCGUGAUUAUCUGAAAGCCAAGCAGAGUGGUUUGGGCGCCGUCCCAGGCACUCUCGAUGCCACGCCCUAUGUGCCCACGGUGCGCCCGGUGCCCGUUGGCUCGGAGAACCCGACACAGGCGGCCUGCUCGGCCUACGCCACCGCACCGCCACCCAAUGAGCCGCCGCCGCCCUACAGCCUACAGCACCAGCAAUACUAUGAUCCCAAUGGCGCGGGUUAUACAAAUCCCAUAUAUCAGCAGCAACAGCAGCACAUCGCUCCGCCCGCCUACAAGGCACAGGCCUCGCCCAACUCCCAAUCGCUACAUAGUGCCAUGGCACAGCUCAGCAUGCAACCGCAGCAACAACAGCAAUCGGAGCCUCCAGUAGGCACUUAUCCACAAAUUCAGACAUCUCAACACUCGGGAAGUUACCCACAGACACAGACAGCUCAACAACCAGGCAGUUAUCCGCAGACGCAGACGCCUCAGCAGGCAACCAAUUAUCCACAGACGCAGACACCUCAGCAACCAGUCAAUUAUUCGUCGCCCCAUACUCCUCAACAAUCAGGCACUUAUCCACAGACGCAGACGCCCCAACAAGCAGGCAGUUAUCCUCAGUCUCUGACACCCCAACCUCAACAGGCAGCCAAUUAUCCGCAAUCUUCAACACCUCAACAGGCAGCCAGCUAUCCACAGGCUUUAAAUAGCCAACAGACAGCCAGCUAUCCGCAGACACAGACAUCUCAACAGCCAGCCAGUUAUCCGCAGACACAGACAUCUCAACAGCCAGCCAGUUAUCCACAGGCACAGACAUCUCAACAGCCAGCCAGUUAUCCGCAGUCGAGCCAGCAGUCACAAAACGGAGCUUAUCCGGCUGCGACACCUGUGCUUUAUCCCUCACAAGCAGCAGCUCAACCAACAGCUCAGCCCACGCCUACCGCCGCUUCAGCGCCCACACAAUACCCAGUGGGCAGCGCUGUCCCCGGCAUUGAGGCGAACAACUAUUUGGGCUACUCCAAUCAUCCGGGCUACAGCUUCAAUCCGCAGACAGGAUUAUUCGAGUACAGCAGCGGCUAUCAGCAUGACACCAAUAGCAUUCCAAAGGCCACGCAUGGCUUUGGCCAGUUCACACAAAGCGGACAGCAGGCGGCGAUUGUGGGCACCACAGACUCGGAGCAGGCCAAUCGCAGCAGCUUGGCCACGGGCUUUGAUUCGCCCAUUGUUUCACAUGUAAAGGCCACAAAUGAAGCCCAGGCGACAGGUCCAUCAGCUGAUGCUAUCAAUUAUUAUACGCCCCCAUAUGGCUAUCAUUCAUCUGGUGGCUCAAACACACUCCAACAACAGCCACAACAGCAGCAGCAGCAGCAACAACAACCGCAGCAACAGCCACAGCAGCAGCAACCACAACAACAACCUGUUGCAACGGCUGGAGCCACCACCACCACCAACAAUCAAAAGUCMGCAAUUUAUAUGCAGAGCGGCGGCAGCAGCAUAGCCAACACCCAGACGACAACGAGCAGCGCUCCUUACGCCUCGUCCACAUUGCCGGCGGCAACSAAGCCCACAGCCUCUGAAGCCAGCAAUGUGGAUUUGCUCAGUGAUCUGGAUUUGGAUAGUGCGGGUGCUGUGCCGCUGCCGCUGCUGCAGCCGCAAAUUGUGACAACUCCAACGCCGCCGGCUUCGGUGGUUGGUUCAGUGGCUGCUGGCGACUCCUCAGCAGAUGCUGCGCCAGCAACAGCUGCCGUUGCUGAUGCUACGGCUGGAUAUUCAAUAAGGCUUUCAAUUCAUAAUUUCAGUUCGCCCACUCAACUGUUGGGCAUAGCGCAGAAUGCAUUGCAGACGCAUCAGGAGCGCUGUCUAGAUGCCAAUACUCCCGCAUCCCCACUCAUUCUCAACUGCUUGACGGGCUCGGAACGAUGUGAGCUGCURGCAAUAGCCAUUUGUGCUCUGGUGGGCACCCWAAACAAGCGACCCAUUUUGAUAAAUGUUGUGGAUGUGUGGUCCCGCAUUUGUAUGCARCGCCAAAAUUCGCUGCGGGAUGCUGCUAUAYUGGAGCAAUCGAUGCAAAUUGUCUUGAGCCAUGCUCACGAAGUGCUAAAUAAACGUGGCAUCAUAACCUCAUAUCAGAUGAAAAUGGCACCUCAGGUGACGGCCAAGGAGCAGCAGGAGACCAAGGAUCCAUUGAACGAACUGGAUGCUCUAUGGAAAUUGAAAUAAACGACUGAACGUUUGCUACGCAACGUUGCUUAAGGAAACUUAUUUAUACACAUUUUAAUCAAAAUGAUAAAGUCGAUAAUAUUUAUACAAUGCUAUUUACUGCAACUAUCAACUACCUAUACUAUAUUUAUACACGCAACUCAAUGAUUGUUGCAAACAAUUGAAGAGAACGAUUCGUUUUGAAGCUAAGGAAACAUUGUAUUUGUCCUGCUAUUACUGUUAUAUGAAAUGUAUUUCAAACUA